AUGGAGACUUCGACCCGCUGCGCUCAUGGCUGCUACGGGGCAGUCCCUCACACCGGCGUGGGCAUAGGCUGCAGAAAUUUCCAGAGAUACCACAUUCUGCGCAUCUUAUGCCGGCUUCGCGUUUCCUCCCCAGAAAUUCCCUGCCCCGCCACGUCUGUGCUGUUCCUGCUCUGCUGCGUGGGAAGCUGGCUGGCCUGCCACACGCUGCCUGUCCAACCAAGUGAAGUACAGAAAGUAGUUGAGGAACUGCAGUUCCUGUCGAAGAUACUUUUGAAAGACGUGGAGGAAGAGAAGGGGGUGCCUGUGUCCCAGAACUACACGCUGCCGUGUCUCAUCCCUGACGCCCAGCCGCCAAACAAUAUCCACAGCUCAGCCAUCCGGGCAUAUCUCAAGGUGAUCAGUCAGGUAGACAGCAAACCUGUUAUUGACGAAAUCAUAGAGCAACUCGACAAACUCAUAUUUCAAGAUGCACUGGAAACAAGCAUUUCUAUGCCAACAGGCACCUUUGAAUGUAAACGCUUCAUCCUGACUAUUUUUCAGCAGUUUUCAGAAUGCAUGGACCUCGCAUUAAAAUCAUUGACCUCUGGAGCCCAGCAGGCCACCACCUAA